AUGACGAAGAAAGUCAAGGCAGUUCGAAAAUUCUUAUUAUUAUUUAGUGCAAUUAUUGGUCUAAUUGCAGUUAUUCUAGCAAUUGUUGGCGUUGCAACAAGAAAUUGGGUUAGUGUUCAGGGAGAUACAAAUGAAUUACAGACUAAAUUUGGUCAGCUGCUAGAUGCGAAUGGGACAUUUGUUGUCAAUGCUGCUGCGUCUAUAGCUGCUUUAGGAAUACCACCACCGCUAACGAAACCGAUUGUAAUUAGCCUUGCAAAUGCAACACUCAUACAAGUAGAAAGGCAAUUGAGUAGUAAUCUUCAGUUAACAACCUAUAGUUUAUUUGAUAAAAAAGUUUCAGCUGCAAGAACAGAAGUUCCAGAAUUAAAAUUAUCACAAGGUCUUGUUAUUACCGGUUUAGUCUGUCUCUUUAGUGGAACUUUAUUGGCAACACUUAUUUUUUGCAUUCCUGUUAAUUUACGGUAUAUUAGUCUCAUCGCCACUGUCUCUCUGUUCUUCCUUGCUCUCGGCUCAAUUCUAAUUCUUCUUGGCUAUUUACUAUUUACAAAAUCUAUCACUGAAGAUUUUGGACAUGAACUUGGAAUUAAAGUUUCUUUAGGGUACAGUUUUGUUUUGGUUGCGAUCUCUUCGAUUAUUGGAUUUCUCACAGCCAUUAGCUUUGCAUUGUCACGGAUUCCAUAUGUUCAUCAUGCCAGAAAUAUGAUGAUAGCAGGUGAAACAACAGAUACGAUUGGGCACGCUAUCGGUUUAAGCGAUCAACAACGAAUUCCAGUGCCCGUGGAAGUUAAUGUAUCAGUCGAAGCAACAUAA